UCCUUGGGGAUCACCCCCAAAGUUGGUCCUCCUUUGAGCUCAGCCCUUGGACUGCGGAGUGACAGGGAGGCUCUGAGAAUCCCUCCCUCCACCAGCAUUGGAACAUCCGUGUUUCGGUGUGAUCUCUGUCACUCCCCCUCCCUGAGCCCCAGGGUCUUCCUUCAUAUACAGUGAUCACAACCGCCGUGCUCUUGUGAGGCCCCACCAGGAGCAGAUUGGAUGAGACCCUGAGACAGAGAGAUGCUCCUGCCAGAGGCUCUCCCUGCCUUCCUGGGUGAGAGAGCAGGACUCCGCCUCUGACUGGCACUGCUCCCAGCCCUGCCUUAGUUGCCUGGCAACAGCUCUGCGUCUCUAGCUGAGGACAUAGUAUGGCGAGUGGGAGUUCAGCGGCCAAGAGAGUAGUAGUGUACCGGAAUGGGGACUCUUUCUCCCCAGGCCGCCAGCUGGUGGUGACCCAACGCCGCUUCCCCACCUUGGAUGCCUUCCUCUGUGAGGUGACAUCAGUUGUGCAAGCCCCACUGGCUGUGCGCGCCCUCUAUACACCCUGUCAUGGCCACCCCGUCACCGACCUGGCAGACCUGCAGAACGGAGGGCAGUAUGUGGCUGCUGGCUUCGAACGAUUCCGCAAGCUCCACUAUGUACCCCCUGGAGGGAAGGAUCCAGGUGGGAAGAGCAGCAGACUACCAGGUCCUCCCGUGACUCACCACUCCUGUGAUGGGGCCCUUGGAUGCCGGCUACCUGCAGGUUCUCCCUGCUGUAUCCAUGUGUUCAGGAAUGGGGACCUGGUAAGUCCCCCAUUUAGCCUGAAGCUGGCCUGGGCUGCCAGCAAGGACUGGGAAACGGUGUUGAAGCUCCUGGCCGAGAAGGUCAAGUUGCAGAGCGGUGCUGUGUGCAAACUUUACACCCUGGAGGGGCUCCCACUGUCAGCGGGGGAGGCUCUGGUGAGUGGCCAUUACUAUGUGGCUGUCGGAGAGGAUGAGUUCAAGGCCCUCCCCUAUCUGGAGCUGCUGGUGCCCAGCCCCUCACUGCCCAGGGGCUGCUGGCAUCCCCCAGACCCGAAGUCUAGGGCCCACAAGCAGCGGCUCCCACAGGCACCAGGGGCGGUUCAAGCCUGGACUACUGGAGGAGAGAAGGCCCAUGGUCACAGGGCACAGGCAACCCAGCCCUCUCCAAAGGAACCAAGCCAAAUUGAGCCAUCUGCUUUCCAUGCCAGACCCCAGCAGGCCAUUCAGCCAAGCAGUAUACUCCCCACUCUCUCAUUUCCAUCAGGAGUCAAGGGAGUGUACAGGGCUUCCCACCCAAGGAAGGAGACGGCAGGGGCCCAGGAAGUAGCAGAUGAUGAAGACACCUGGACAGAGGAACCCUUGGAUCAGAGGGCAGCACAGAUAGUGGAAGAGGACCUGUCCCUGGAAAACCUGCCUGGGGCUGGGGCAGCUAUCUCAGCCUCAGCCCCUGCUCCGCCAUCUUGAGAGCCAGCAGCUCAGCCAGGAACUAGGGACACCACUCUGCAGCCACCUUUUAUCCUCAGCCUCCAGCAGCCUGUUCUCCAGGAACCAGCACCUCCCCUGGGCUCACAGGGUACACUGCAGUCCCCUCAGCCCCUCCCACUCUUCUGCUCCUAAAUCCACAGCCUCGUCUUCCUUUCUUCUGAGCAGAGCAGCCCUAGCCACCAAGGCCAUUUCCUUAUGGGGUUCUCUGGCCAGAGAAAGGAGUAACCAACUGAACAACAGGGAGAGACCACAAACUUGGGAGUGGGUCUGUGACAAUAAAAGAAUACUUAGUAACCUCUGUCUGUUUACCA